GUCACAUGGCGCUCAAAUUUGCCGUCAAUUGUCGCCGCCGGCAUGCAGCACAGGGUCAUCCACCUUUGUCUCGGCGGACCCCUGAUCACGGAGCAUGCUACCCUCAUCGACAUUAUCCGAGGGCUCGGCGUGCACCAUCACAGGUUCCCUAAACUACACUCUAUUCUGAUAAUGGCAUGUGAUGGACAUGUAGAGCUUUCUCAGCUUCAUGAUGUUUGUAAGCUCAUCUCCAGCUACUUGCUGCAACUGUUCCCGCAUGUCACCUCUGUCACUCCUAUCACGUCUGGCAGCCUAUCGACUGUGCCUGCCAACAUCUACUACAAUCUCAUCGUGAUGCUGGCUGCGUCUAUUCACGAGGUCACGGUCAAUGGCAUCAUUCUUGGCAAUAUCCCACAUGUGCAUUUCCAGAACCUGACCAAUAUCCGCAUUAUAGACCCAUCAGAGGGCACGGCAUCCCGGACUAUGCGCGUCAAUCCUAACACUCUCAAGACAAUCGAAAUUGUCAACAGCUCGAGCAACUUCCCGUGGGGCAUGUUUGGCGACGCCAGCAACCCAAUCGUGUUCCCGAAUGUCGAGCAGCUGAUAAUGCGCACAUUCCAAAAUCGCCAUGUUUACCCGGCGACCCAGAUUGGUCGGUUCAAGCUGCAGUUCCCCAGACUCUGGAGCCUCUGCCUGAUGGAGGCGUUGGACUCAUACACGGACGCGCUGGACUUGAUAAAGAUCUCUAGCAUUGGGUCGCUUGUUAUCUUCGAUGAUGCAAACAAGCUGCAGCACCUUAACCCAAAGCUGGUCCGCAAUAUACGCGAGUUCUGCAUAGGCGAUUCGCAGAGAACUCAGAUCCCUGUACUCGACAAGAACAGCUUCUUUAUCAAGAUCUUUGAUAUCCCGGCCAAGCUGAACAAAGUCACGCUGUCUCUGCCACAAGCCGACUUCCCGCCCAUCAAGGACGCAAAAUGGCCAAUGCUUAGGAGUCUGCGCCUUAUAGCUCGCUCAAUUUCGCUGCAGAGCAUUGAGAUGUUCAUGACGCAGCUGCCCUGGAUGCACACGCUAGAUCUCUCCAUGUCCCACUCGGAUCAGCAAGCCAAUGAUGAGGUUGUGUGCAGCAGGAGGACCCCACUAAGCACAUCAGUCCUGGUAUUUGGUCUCAAAAUCGCAUUCCCGAUGAUGCGAGCCAAGACCUGGCUACUGAUGGCAACCCGGCGGCUGCCAGAGCUUUACAAGCUAGUUCUAUCGAAGAGCUUUGAGGUGGACAAGGCAGCCUUGAGACGGGUGUACAAGAAUGGUCUAGCAUUUGUCUAGGCUUUAUGGUUUCUACCAUUUGUAGUUUUGUCCUAGCUAUAGGUAGUGUAUUAUUUUUUCUUUCUUUUCUCGUCUCCUUCCAUUUUCGAUCCUGAUAUUCAUAACAUAGGCAUCUAGUUCUGAGCACAAGUAAACCGAGCGAAAAGGAAGCAAUGGUUAAACUGAUGUUACUGCAAUUCAGCGAGGUUUUUGAUUAUCAACACUGUCUAUAGUGCUAACGUACUAGCAUUCGAACAUACCUGCUAUACCGUUAAGGCAAUAUGUU